AUGGUUGAUGCAGUCGACGGUCUUCCACCAUUACCUCUCCUGCCAAACCCCUUUGAUCCUGAACCUUCUUGGGAAUCUCUGGCUGAACAUACCGCCGCUGCUGUUCAGAACCUUUUGAACUCGGCCGACAACGGAUACAAGCCAUACUACCUGAUUCAGUCAUCCAUAGUAGUCGAGGCUAUCCGUGUUAUGCUUUACGCCUCUGGAACGGUUGACAAGGACGCUGUCAUCAUGCGCCAGCACCGUGGUCUCAAGAUGCACCAUCGCCAGAUUAUGGCCGCUCUCUCAAAGUUGGUUCUCUCUGCCAAGAUGGCUUCGGGCGUCUGGACUGGAUCAGAUGCCGUGAUCAAGCUGCAAGCGGACGCUCGUGAGGUCGGAACUGCCGCUCAAAACUAUGUCUCUAAUGCCAUUGCCGCCAAUAUCGAGGUCCACCAAGUCGAUGCGCGCCUGGUUACCAAUGUCAAAAGCCCCCUCGGUGCCAACACCGACACCCCUCAAUCUCUCCAAAAGGCUCUUUCAAACGGAUCUCUCAAGGCUGAGCCUCCUAUCCUGGCCUCGUCGGAACGGAAGGUUUUUGGUUCACAGAUGAGUACCCAGAGCAUUUUCAGCCAACUGGACUACUAUUCCAAGAGCGCGUCCAAAGCCGUCAAUACCCUAACCGCGCAGAUCGAGAAACUCAUCGACCAUCCUCAGCCGGCCGGCAAGAAUAACCAACCCAACGGAGCCUCGGCUUCCCAACCUGUAAUGAACGCGACACAGUCUGCCCAAUUGGUGACCCAAGCCCGACAGACCAUCACCCAAUUAGGUUCUCUUUUGUCCCUGGUCACGGAAUUCAGCUCUACCGCGCUGACCGAGCAACCCAACAUCCCCGACAGAUACUUUUCGGACGUCAAGGUGGCGAAACAGGUCCUCCAUGGUGGCAUUGCUUCCCUUGUCAUGGCCAUUCAGUCUGCAACGGAUCUUUUGGCAGUGGGCCAAACUCUGGAACUGGCUCUUAGCACGACACUGUCAACAGGGAAGGCGGUCGAGAGUCUUGUCCAGACAACACGAGUUUUGGUUCAGGAAAAGGAGACUGCAGACACCAACCAACCCAUCAACACCAAUACUCAGUCGGACAGCUACUCGAACGGAACGUUGAUGACCAGUAACUCUGAGAGUGCCUACGACCACGACAACGAUUCCGACAUUGAGCCUGACCUGAAGCCUCGUUCCACCGGCGGACGUCCUCCACAAGACAUGGUUGUUCAGCGUAACCGCUCCGACUCCCAACCCUCUGUUAUUUCUGGUCACCACAGCAGUACUGGACAACAGACACCUGGAAGCACGGAGUACAGUGGACGCAGCACUCAGGCCGGUUAUCCAUUCCCUACAGGAGAUCCUUCAGUAGACGGCAAGGCGAACGGCGGCGCCUUUGCCAACAGCAGCUCGCCUGGCCGAUUUGACAACCGCGGCGAAAAGGUCAAGAAGCUUCUUGGUGAUGAGGCUCCGAUCCGUGCCACGACCCAACAGUGGUUCUUGGACUAUGACUACCAGACGGAUGACCUUGUUAUGAACGGUGAUGGUCAGGUCAAGGGAGGCACCCUCCCAGCCUUGAUCGAGCGUUUGACCCUGCACGAUGGAUUCGAUGCGACCUUUGUUGCGACUUUCUUGUUGACCUACCGAUCCUUCACCAACACGAAGGAGCUGUUCACACUUCUCUUCCUACGUUUCACCAUCCAAGCUCCCAUGGGACUGGACGCUGAAGAGCUCGAGAUCUGGACGGAAAAGAAGCUGACGCCUAUCCGCCUGCGCGUUUUCAACAUUAUGAAGUCGUGGCUAGAGACCUUUUACUUGGAGGACGAGGAGGACGAUCGGGAAGCAUUGAGGAUGAUCAAGGACUUUGCGGAAUCGCCCGCCAUGAUGGAAACGAUGCGGUUUGCAGCGCUGCAGCUUGCCAAGACGGUCGAAAAGCGCCAGGCAUCCGACAGCUCCUUCCGCAAACUGGUCCUCAACCUAACGACACAGGCGCCUCAACCGAUCACACCUCGCAACCUGAAGAAGAUCAAGUUUUUGGAACUGGACCCGCUCGAGUUUGCUCGUCAGUUGACGAUUAUGGAGGCGUCGGUUUACAACAAGAUCCGACCUGUCGAGUGUUUGAACAAGGCUUGGUCGAGUGAAGAUCCUGAGCUGGCGGCCAAGGCUGUCAACAUCAAGAAGAUGAUCGAGACCAGUAACUUGUAUGCCAACUGGAUCAACGAGCUCGUCCUUAGUGAGAAGGAGCUCAAGAAGCGUGUCCUCGUCAUCCGCCACCUCGUCGCCAUCGCCGAGGUAUUUUUUCUUUUCACAUUCUUGCUUAUACCAUUAUUGAAAUAUGUCAUGUACAUUUGA